GUGUCUUCAUUUAUUCAGUCGAAAAAAAAGUAAUCAUAACCCAAGUGUCCUAGCGCCCGCAUCCAUAACUUCAGGAAUUUUUCUUUCCUACCAUACAAAUGCAGCAACUUCAUCCUGAAAUACGCAGCCUGAACGAUCAGCUCCGGCCCAUUCUGAAAGAAGCCCAGGAACUUGGUGAGAAAAAGGGCAAAUUGAUCGAAUCUCGGCGUCAGCUUGGCGGGCAAAAAAACGAGAACGAACUAGUAAAGGCGGAGUUUAACAAUUUAGAGCCCGAGGCGAUGGUCUACAAACUGAUUGGGCCCGCCUUGGUUCCGCAGGACCCCAACGACGGGCGGGCGAUCGUCGAUAAUCGUCUGGAGUACAUUAACGGGGAAAUCAAAAAGGUGGAUAACAACAUCGCAGAAUUGGACAAGAAAGAGACCCAACUCCAGACAAAGGCCCAGGAGAUUUAUCAUAAAAUGCAGGAAAAACAGGCCCAAAUUAUGCAGCACCAACAACAACAGCAAACUUGAAGAUGAACAUAAAAGGCGUUUUUUUCCCCUUAAGCCUGCUGCUCUUGUUAUUUGACUGGGGAUGGUUAUCAAUCGACGCUUCCUUUAGAGAGGGGGUCGGUAGAUGAAAUAAUAAUAGGGCUUGUUUGAAAUACAGAAACACACACACGUAAAUAUAUAUAUAGAUGGAUAUAUAUAUAAUAACCUAGUUUCGAAUUUCAUUAUCGUACUGAGGUUUAAAUGACGCUAUUAAA